AUGACCGCGCUGAUCAAUCAGACGAGGAUACCUCUGGGUGAUGAUCUAUCUACGUACGUAUACAUCCAAAGGGCACGUAUCCAUGCCCUAAUUUUGUUAGGAGGUCUCAUUCUACCAGACACCACGGGGUGUAAGGUUCCAUUUAUGUGGUUGAAUGCGCUUGAGAAUCCGGAAGAGGUGAAGAAUAUUAGUUGGGGAAGUGCGGCUUUGUCCUACCUUUAUCAUUAUCUGUGCGGGGCUUCCAUGGAUAAGAGGAAAGAGUUGGGCGGGCCUAUGAUCCUCCUGCAGCUAUGGGCGUGGGAAAGAAUGCCCACAUUGAGGCUUGCGUUCAUAGGAUCAGUCGUGCACGAGCCAUAUACACCAUGUGGCGCUAGGUGGAAAGGAACAACGCAGAUAGGAAAUGCUCCUAGACACUCGGUUGAGCAUUACCGUGACCAAAUAUCUCUGAUUAGACCUGGACAAUUUAUCUGGACGCCAUACGCACAUUGCAUACUGCCUGAGUACUGUAGUGAUGUGAAUGGAUGCUCUUUGUGCGAAACCUACUUGGUGUGUUGGACCUAUGUCGAGGAACAUGAGGCUGGACGAGUGCGGCGACAGUUCAAUCGGUAUCAGGAUAUACCUCAAUAUGUUGACAGGAUGCUAAAGAAUGCCGAUCAUUUCAGAAAAAAUGACCGGCGUGGUAAGAAGGGCAACAACUGGGAAAACACACACCAGUUCUACAUUGGGGAGUGGGGCCUGAGGUAUGAACGGUUCCAGGCAAUCGACGACGCCCCGAUGUCCAUGAAUAUUCCCAUGAGCCCGAGGUAUAUGGCGUGGUACAACAAGAUUACAGUGACGUACCUGACCCAGCCUGGGGUACAACCAACUGCUGGGAUGAACGAGUCGGCUUGUUCGAUGAGAUUAUUUGUUGAGGGUUUUCAGCAGGUUUUCCAUUUAACUAUUGAAGACGAAAUGGACCCACGGAUGCGCCAGAUUCGAGAAAUUGCUAGGCAUGUCCUCCAAUCUACGAACAACGCCGAUGCAAUGGAGUACCCGACUUCUCAACAUCAAGAUGUGGUCAAUCCUUAUCAACCAGAAGUAGUUCCACGGCGUCGUGGGGUGCCUGUUGAAGAAGAAGAUGAUGAUGAAGUAGAAGACGAAAAUGACAACAUAGCGGAGGAAAAUGAGGAAGAAGACGUUGUUCAGAGCAUCCAUGUCCAACCUCGACCAGCUGCGGAGGGUUCAUCACGCGGCGGGGUUGGGAAGAUAAUGAGCAAAGUGUACAAGAGAUUGUCAUCGAGGAAGAAUAAGGGGAUUGAACCGUCGAAAUACACUCCAUCGUCGUAUAAGUAG